UUUCCGGGGACCUUUAACGGGGUAGGACUGGAGCGUUCCGGUUUGGUUUGGUUUGGUUCUGUUCUUCUUCGUGUAAACAUUUUGAACCAAAACGGCAGACAGGAGAACUACUGGACUAAUUCUGAAGAACUGAGAAAAGUCCGUCAGAACCUUCUGUCUAGACGGAUCUGGAAAUGCUGAGCGUGUGCUGAAGCGGUUGUUUACUGCGGCUGCAGGCAUGUGUGCCGCGGAGCAGACUGACCUGUAUGCCGUCCUGGGAGCCCACCCCUCAGACUCAGUCCAGCAGCUCAGACGCCGAUAUCAGCAACUCGCCUUGCAGUUCCACCCGGACCGUGUGGGGGGACAGCGAUCCUCAACCGCAGAGUCUGCUCUGAGCAGGUUUUUGGAGGUAGAUGCCGCCUGGAAGAUCCUCAGUGACCAGAACACGAGGAGGGAGUAUGACUCCCAGAGGAGAGCUGAGGCACUGAAACAGGACUGGCCAGUAGACUAUACAGUCCACCUGGAGGACAUGAGCUUUGACCCAGACGACCGCAUGUUUGUGUGCGACUGUCGCUGCGGAGGAGGGUUCAGCAUCUCGGAACAGGAAGUGGAGGAGACGCAGCAGGAGGACGGGAAGGAGGGAACGCGCAGAAGCGUGCUGGUCUGCUGCGACACGUGCUCGCUUAGUGUGUGCGUCACCUGGACAUCCAACUGGAAAGCUCAGCUCCAUGGAACGUGACUGUGGAGGUUCAUGAGGACGGCUGUCACGGUCUGGAUACACGGUGACCUUUCACCUGCAGUGGAUGUGUCAUGUGACAGUCUCACAGCUAGUCCUGAACGGUUGUUAGAGCUGAGCAAUGAAUCUUAAUGUACUUUAAAAAAAAUUUUAUGACACAUCGCAUAAGUCAUUUAUUGUUCAUUAUAAAAAAUAUAUAUAUAUUUUUGAGUACAAAAUAAAUAAAUACAAAUCUGACCAAC